AUGAAGGCUAUUUCACCGCGUCCGAAUAUUCUUCUCAUUGUGGCUGACGACUACGGGUGGCACGAUGUCGGUUACCACGGGUCCGUAAUCGAAACGCCAAAUCUGGAUAAAUUAGCCAGCGACGGGGUGAAGCUUGAAAACUAUUACGUUCAACCGAUAUGUACACCAACGAGAAGCCAGCUAAUGAGUGGGCGUUAUCAGAUACACACAGGCUUGCAGCAUGGAGUAAUCAAGCCAGCAGUGCCGAAUUCGUUACCGUUAGAUGAAGUCACGUUAGCAGAGAAGUUAAAAGAAUCUGGAUACGCUACCCAUAUGGUUGGUAAAUGGCAUCUCGGGUUCUAUAAAGAGGCGUGUUUACCCACACGUAGAGGGUUUGACUCAUUUUUUGGGUAUUAUACGGGAGCAGAAGAUUACUUUACUCAUAUAAGGGAAACUGGGUACGACCUGAGACGAAAUGAAGAGGAAGUAGCCAAGGAAUAUGCAGGACAGUACUCAGCGUUUGUGUUCACCAAAAAAAUACAAAAUAUCAUCAGACAGCAUAAUACAGACAAGCCUCUGUUCAUGUAUUUACCAUUCCAAUCAGUACAUGCGCCUUUACAAGUACCUUCACAAUACUCCGAUAAAUACAAAGAGAAGAUUUCUGACAGUAACCGUCGACAAUUGGCAGGCAUGGUGACCUGUAUGGAUGAAGGGAUAGGGAACAUUACAGCGACGCUGAAAGAGUCGUCACUAUGGAAUAAUACUCUCAUUAUCUUCUCUACAGAUAACGGAGGUCAAGUAUAUACUGGAGGCAAUAAUUGGCCAUUUCGAGGCUGGAAGGCUUCACUAUGGGAGGGGGGUGUUCACGGUGUUGGAUUUGUGCACAGUCCAUUAAUUCAAGAUGAAUUUAGAGGUACUGUACAUAAAGGACUGAUCCACGUCAGUGAUUGGUUUCCGACGUUAGUCAAUCUAGCAGGAGGUGUUUUGAAUGGGACCAAACCAUUGGAUGGAUUCGACCAAUGGGAAGCCAUCAGGUAA